AUGGAUCAAAUUUCGCAUCGUGGUGUUAUCAAACACCCACAGAAAAAGGCAUUAGCUCCAAAGGACAUUCAUACUAACACGCUUGCCAAAUUGGAGGAUGAUACUCCAACUUUAUCAACAGUGCAAAAUUGGGCAGCUGAACUAGGGAGGGAAGAGAGAGUUUCAAAGAUGACCCAAGGUCUGGACAUCGUGCAACUAGCUGCCACCUCCGAGAAAAACAUUGGUCCUGUUUACAGUAUGCUUAUGGAUGACAAACGGUUGACAAAUCAAAUAUCCACUGCAAUUAGUAUAACCCGUGAGAGAUUUGAGAAUAUUCUACACAAUGAAAUUGUCAUGACGAAGGUCCCUUUUCGGUGGAUGCUACGUCGUCUGACACCUGAUUAA